CGCUGCACAGUCGACUGUGCGAUUAAGUGGGUCUUAGGCGCAUGCGUAGUGUGUUUUUGUGCGCGUGGAGUAUGUUCAUCUGAUGCUGUUAGCUAUACACUUUAAAAUAAAAAUAAGAAAUCGUAAGAGGUUGUCGGUAAUUUCGUUUUGUUUAAAUUAUAGGUAAUAAUUUUCUAAUAAAAACCCGAUACAAUGCCAAACGACAGCUCAAUGAAAUUGUCGAAAAACCUAUUACGGAUGAAGUUUAUGCAAAGAGGACUUGAUGUAGAGGCAAAGAAACAACUUGAGGAAGAAGAGAAGAGGAUUAUAAGUGAUGAACAUUGGGUUUUGGACCUGCCUGAACUUAAAGCAAAAGAAAGCUUCAUUGUUGAAGAAAGAAGUUAUGUACCAUGUUUAGACUUGGUUUAUGGAAGAAUGUCAUUUAAGGGAUUCAAUCCUGAAGUUGAGAAGUUAAUGGUUUUGAUGAAUGCUCCCAAAGAAGAGGAGGAUGAAGAGGAGGAGGAGAAGGAUAUAACUCGAAUGGACACAGAUAUUACAGAUGAGGAGAUGGCCAUGAGAUAUGGAAGCUUGGUUGAAAGCAUGAAAAGAAGAUUUGCCAAAAAAAGGGACCACACGUCUCCGAAGAAUGACGAGAAAGACAUCAACCAUGAUGAUGUAGAGACACAACCCAAGAAAGUGUUCUUAAAGCCUAAGGACUGAGGCAUAUUUAUAGGCUUUAUAAAAUGUGUGUGGUGGCCGUGUUCGGUGUUUUUUGUUUGUUUUAAGAUAUAUGCACACACUUUGGACUCUGUUUUUAUAUUCAGUGAAUAAUGUUCUGUAAAAUUGCAGUAAAAAUGGAAGAUGUAAAUUCUUAUUUUCAAAUGAAAGUUUGUGCAUUGUGUGAGAUUGACCUAGCCAUCCAGAUUUUUUUUUUUUUUGACCAGUUGUGAGAAGUUUAGGGUUCUUGUGCAAGAACUGGAAUACCUGUGGAAUUUAAAUCUGGUAUUUCCAGUCCUGAGAAAAGUAUGGUAACCUAAACCUUUUACUCAAGCAUGUGUGGAUCAUCUUCUGUUAAAGUAAAACACAAAGCACUCUCUUGUCUUUAGGCAGUAACGCAAACAUCAUGUGUGUAUCCCUUUUCAUGAUGCUGUUAUUGACCCUUUAAAUAUAGCACACAACUGAAAAUAGAUUCUGGACAGUAAAAUGGACCAGCGAAA